AAUUUCUCUAAUUCACCUUUUAGGUAGCGAUAUAACUUAUGUGUACUCUAUCCUCCCACGAUCCGUCCUUUCAUAGAAUUACACUAGACGUGUAUUUUCAUGUUUUUUACUAACAUAAACCUCUAGGCCCUAAGGGGUGGUGAACCGGCGGUUUAACCCGAGUAGUUAUACUGACCCGCUACAUCUACAAACCCGAUAAAUUGGGGGAAAAUUAAUUUGCCCUAAUUUUGCUUCCUUCUCAAAAUUCCAAACCCUAACAAUUUUUCAAUUUCCCCGUAGCCCGUUUUCCGUUCAAUCUAGCAGGGUUGUGAAGAUGUUACAGAAUGUUCCACACCAACUUUUGCAAUCGCCAGCCCGGCUGGGCCUGCCAACUCCCAGUUCACCGUCUCUUCAGAACCCAAACCCUGCUCCUAAGUUCUCCUCGCAAGUGUCGCAACCUCAUCAACAGGCAAAUAUAUUAACUACCCCUACCACCUCAUCGACACUCCUCCCUCUUCUCCCACCUCUCUCCAGAGCCCAGUCUCUUCUCAUUCAAAUGGCGUCUCUUGCUUCAAGACUCUUUGAAGUCUCACCUAACCGGUCCCAUUGGCUUAGUGCUUUUCGAGGCUCUCUUCCUUCGUUUCUGCCUCCUGCGGCGCCGGUUCCACAAGAUUCCUGCCCUUCAUCAUCAAAAGAAAUCCUCUCUGUGUUUACUUCUCUUCAGACGCAGCUGUUUGAAGCAGUUGCAGAGCUGCAAGAAAUUCUUGAUCUUCAAGACGAGAAGCAGAAAGUCACUCGCGAAGUUAGGUCAAAAGAUUCUUCAAUUCUUGCUUUUGCUAACAAACUCAAAGAAACUGAGUGUGUCCUCGACAUGCUUGUUGAUGAUUACUCUACUUAUUGUCGUCCCAAACGGACUAAGUUGGAAAAUGAUACCGAAGAAUCUUCAGCAACAACUGUGGCAUCUCGGUUGAAAUUAUCUGACAUAUUGUCAUAUGCUCAUAGGAUAAGUUACACUACUUUUGCACCACCUGAAUUUGGUGCUGGACUGGCAUCUCUUCGGGGAGCACUUCCUCCAGCUCCACAGGACGAGCAAAUGCGUGCAUCUCAGUUAUACAACUUUGCUGAUCUUGAUGUUGGUUUACCUAAAGCAGAUGAAGCCAAGAAGAUUGUUGAGCCACUCAUUGAACCUCUUGCAGAAACUAAUCCACUUGCCAAUCUUUCAGCAAUUCCGGGCCUCGUCCCUCCAAAUAUCGUAGUGCCAUCUGGAUGGAAACCAGGUAUGCCUGUCGAGUUGCCCACUGACCUCCCACUUCCUCCACCUGGAUGGAAGCCUGGCGAUCCAAUUGCACUCCCUCCUAUGGAUUCCCUUUCACUUCCACCAAAGGCCGAGGAAGCACCAGGACGACCAGUACCUCCUGCAGGACUGCCAAGAAUGCCAGAACCAAUACAAGUUCGGCAUGUGCAGCUUGAUAUUGAGGAUGAUAGUAGCGAUUAUAGUUCUGACGAUGCCAGUUCUGAUAGUGAAGAUUGAUCUGGUUAUAGUUCAACAUGUGCAGCUUGAUGAUAUCGAUCAUGAUAGUAGUCAUUCUACUGCUAAUGAGGCUAGCUAGCUCUAUUAGUGAAAAUUGAAAUGGUUAGCUGUUUUAUGUAACUGAUCGCCUGUAUUUCUAUGGGGACUUGGGUCCCACAUCGGUUAAAUGGGGAGCUAAUGUGAGGCUUAUAUAGCCUUGGGCUCUCCCACCGUAAUAGCUACCUUUUGGGGUGUCGUUCUCCUAUGGUUGUAACUUGUAUCAAAGUCUUGAUGCUCUGCCGGUUGGCUGCUAACUUAUCACCUAUUGCUGAGUAAAUUUUGAGUGUUGUCGUGCUUUGUAUGGGAGAGAAAGGGGCUAGCCGCCUCCGCUCCUCUUAGUUUUAGUUAGUUAUCGCAUAACUUUUUAUUUUUCAAUGUGUA